AUGGGAUGGUUUGAAGUGUUCACGUUAUGGUUGUCAGCUUACUCGAUUUGUUUCACAUUUCUGCCAGUUUUAGUCGUGUUAGAUUGGAAACGACGAGGUAGUGCUGAUGGGUACUCGUCCAUCAACUAUGUUCUGCCUAUGUUAACGUAAGGUUAUUUCUGAUAGUUUGUCAAAAAUUUUAAAAAAUUAGAAAAUUGGUCAAGAAGUGGGCAGAAAUGUCAUAAAAAAAGGACAUGUCAAUGGUUUUCUAUGUAGUUUUUGGCCUAAAAUUUUGAUAUAUUUAGUGUUUUUGAUAUUAGAAUAAAGUAAAGUAUACUACAAGAGUAAAGUAGGGUAUACUAAAAGAAUAAACUAAAGUAUAAUACAAGUAAAACGGUAAAAACUUUCAGAAUGUGCUGUUGGUAUCGUCAUGGUUUGAUGACGAAUGACAAUGUAAAUAUUUAUCUUAACCUGAUCAACUUGGCAGUAUUUUCUUUCUACACAGUGGCUUUUGCUUACUAUCAACCUAUUAGGGUAAGGCUACUAUAAUAUAAUAACUUUGAGGGUUUCUAAACUUUGAAAUUUACUUUUUUAUAGUCUUGAGGCUCUUUUACGUAUAAUUAUUAGGUUGUUCAAAUUAUCCUGUGCUUCCUAAUUCAGAAAAUUUGCUUUGAAAUUGGGCUCAGAAUGUUUUGCACAAUUUAAUAGCAAAUACUAUACCUUAAGUCAUAGUAUUGUACAAUAUAUGAUAUAAUUCUGUUCCAGAAAUACCUGUUUGGCCAAGUUUUGGGGUUAGUAUUCACUAUCUACUCGAUUGUACAGUAUGUUGAUGGUCAUUCUGCCAAAGAGCAAUAUGAUGUUAUGGCUUCGAUCGCUGCUGCCACUCAAAUCAUUAGUUUGUUUGGUGGUGUUAAUGAUAUUGUAAGUCGAUUUUUAGUAUCAAAGGUUGUGAAAUCGAGUAUCAAGGUUAUGAAUUUUUUUCAAAGUUUAUGGUGUUUUGUUCACAUUUUGUUCCUGUACAAAAAGUUUUGCGGUCGAUUUAAAUUUUUUUUAGUUGUUAAGAUCGGAACUCGUAGGUACUGUAAUAUCAUGAUAGUUAAAGUGAUUUGAGUUGAUUUAUAACAAAGAAACUAUGAGAAAGCAUUGUAAUUACAAUGCUUUCUCUCAAUUGUAAACUAUUUUUUUACUUAUUGUUACUUAAAAACUCUUUUAUUUUUAAUGUUGCACGGUACAGAUUUUAGACUUUUCAGGCUUAUAUUAUUCAAAAAAUACAUAAUGUAAGCUUUUUUUCAGUUACGUGCUAUCUCCUUGAAGACCACUGAAUACAUUCCGGCUACAAUUCAGUUUGGUGUAUUUGCUCUGACCUUACAAUGGACGUUCUACGGAGUUUAUGUUCAGAACUACUAUAUUGCUGUAGGUCUUUGAACUUUUCUUUCUCUUUUUAGGUAGUAACUUUGGAAUUUUCAUGUACAGUAGACUAAAAAGAUUAAGUCUAAUAAAAACAACAUUCUAGGCCGCUAACGUAGCCGGUCUGGCCGUUAACGUAGUCACUUUGGCCUUGUACUUUGUUUACCCACCAAAAACCUGGGUUGUACCAUUGUUCAACGUUGGUGGAGAAGCCAAAGCAAAGAAGAAACAGUAA